AGCUGAUCAUUUUCUUAAAAUUUUAAUACAUUUAAAAAUUUAAAUAAAAAUGAAACUUUUUUGUUUUUUAAUAACAUUUUGGUUUGUAAAUGUUUCAACAAAUGAUACAGAGAAUUAUACUAGACUGAAUUAUAUGAAGGAUGUUAACGUUACAAAUGCCCACAUCAAGCUUGCCUCUAAUAAGAUACAUAAAAGAAAUAAUAUUGACACAAAUGGAUUGGAGCAUAUAAUUAUAAAAAUUAUUGGGAAUAAUGAUAAAUAUAGUUUAGGAGUGAUGAAUAUGAUGUUCGCUACACCGGAAAAGGACUUACUUUACAAUUUAUCUGAAUUGGAAAAAAUGCAAUCAGAUUUGCGAAAAGAAAUAGAACUUGAAUUAGAAAUUCCUGUUCCUCAAGUUCCACACCUAUUUUUUAAAAACUAUAUGGAAGUUAUGGAAGAACUUGGGAAAGAGAGAAGAGUUCUUACUGCAGUAGCUGUAAAAAAUAUAUGGGACAAGGCAAUAGAACCACCUGAAUUAGAACUAUUAUGGAUGUGUCGUUUGUCAGCAAUUUUCAUGAGCAUAAGAUUCCCAUCACUAUAUAUACAAAAAAUUCAGACUGAUAAAUCUGCUGGCAUUUGUACUACAGUGAAUGCUAAUAGUACAAAAGAUACAUACAAAAGAAUUGAGGAGAAAUGGUGUCAAAUCUCGGUGGUAGUACCACUUCAAAAGUCACGAUAAUUAUUAAGAUUUUAUUUUAUUUAAAAAGUUUUUGCAUUU